GCAGAGUGCGGAGCCUCGGGAAGUCAACAGGAGGGUAGCCUACGAAUAGUAACAAUUGGCCUAUAAACAACAAGGAACUGACUCCAUCAGCCGUGGUCAGCACCAGCCAGAUCAUAGGCUACUCGAUCUAUUACGACUUGUGACUUCAUCGGGAGCCCAUAACACGGAAUUUGCCCCUGGGAGUGGGGGAGUUUGCUUUACCUGGCCAGCCUCAGACGCAGAGGCAGAGCUGAUGGAGAGAGGCUGGGCUGAGUGCGAUGCCAGUCCGGAGCACUGUUGAGCAGAAAGCCUCAUUCAUUCACCGCAGAGCACACUCUGCUGACCGGGAGCGGUCUGCCCUCUCGCACGACCUUUCGUGUUUCUUUUUUUAGAAGUCAGUCGAGAGCUUUUUUCAGUGCCAAUAACGCGUGAACAAAAGAACCAUUCAGGAUUUUUGUGUGUUUCUUUUUUACGGAAUGGGGAUGUAAUCGGUUUCCACAAGCAUUUGGAAGUGGCGUGAGAUUGCCUCCAGAUUGAGAAGAGCAAACUGCAGUGGCGUGUUGUUAAUUAAAAUCGAUCCGGUGGUCUCUUUUUGAAUGUGAAGCAUCAGCAGAGGUUCUUUCUCCUCUCCUCUCCUCUCCUCUCCUCUCCUCUCCUCUCCUCUCCUCUCCUCUCCUCCCCCUCUCACCUCCAACAUGACUUCACUGUCGGGGACUAAGGAGAGGUCUGUGAGCAGCCGGAGCAGAAAAUAUGGGAUGCCGGACACAUCCCCGACCAAAUCUUCCUCCUUUUCCCCCGACACGUGGUACCGAAAGGCCUACGAGGAAAACACCCGCUCCGGCACACGCCCGGCCCCAGAGGGUGCCGGCUCCAUGCCAAGCUCCACGGGCACCCCGUCGCCAGGCUCAGGAAUCUCCUCACCAGGGUCCUUCUCUGGAUCACCGGGGACCAUCUCUCCGGGGAUUGGAACGGAAUCGCCUGGUUCCCUGGGUGGCUCCCCAGGUUUUGGUACGGGAUCACCAGCCUCAGGCAGUGGAAGUUCCCCUGGUAGUGAGAGAGGGAUAUGGUGUGAGAACUGCAAUGCUAGGCUGACUGAGCUGAAAAGACAAGCACUGAAACUGCUCAUCCCUGGACCUUACUCCAGCAAGGAUCCCUCCUUCUCUCUCCUCCUUCAUGAUAAGCUUCAAGUGCCCAACAGUUCUCGACGGGCAUGGAAUGAACGUGACAGUCGCUGUGAUGUCUGCGCCACUCACCUUACUCAGCUCAAACAGGAAGCCGUGCGCAUGGUCCUCACUCUCGACCAGUGGGAUUUGUCUCCACCAUCCUCCCCUCCGGCCCUUAAUGGACGAUAUGGAUCACAAGGACCUCCGGGGCCAAUGGGAGCAUCUGGAGCACUAGGAGGUCCUGGUUUACGGGAUUGGAUUCCUCCUUUUCUUCCUUCCUCCCCCUCCUCAGCUGCUGCUGCCGUUUCACACUCGUCCUCCCAGUCCCCUUCUCCAAGCCCCAGCCCGUGCCAUGGACCAUCCAAUUCCAGCCAUUGGAGUCCCUCGGUGGGACAAACGUCCAGCUGUGCUCCCAUAAACCCACAACCUCAAGGCCCAGGGCACAGAUUGGGGUCUAAGCCCAGCUCCCUGGGGCUUGGAGGUGGGGUGGACAGAAGGAAUGGGUCUCCCAGUUCAGGAAAAGCUGGUUCUCAACAACAACCAGUGACUGGAGUAAACAGCCCUGGCAAUAAUAGUGGUAACAGCAGUAAUAACGGGAGUGGAGCAGUACUGAGUACAGCAGCUCUGCAGGCCCAUCAGCACCUGAACCGAACUAAUGGAGGAGUUACACUUUAUCCAUACCAGAUCUCCCAGAUGAUCUCCGAGGACUCCAGAGAAAGUUUGACCGAGGCCGCUCUGAACCGCUACAACACACACUCUCCUUCACACACAAGCUCUCCUUCUCACACACCAGCUGCAACCACAACGGCUCCAACCACCACCUCAGCUGCCGCCUCCUUCUUUGCCAGAGCUGCACAAAAGUUAAACUUAGCAUCCAAGAAGAAGAAGCAGAAGACCAAUGCAGUCAUGGCCCCAGUGACAUCAUCAUCACCUUCAUGUGACCCCCCUCUGUUCCCCACCAAUUUUAGCUCCGCCCUGUUGAUGGCCCCUCCCCCGGCUCCACCCUGCCUUCUUCGUGCAGCAAACAAAAUCAAAGAUACCCCUGGACUCGGAAAGGUGAAAGUGAUGGUGCGUGUGUGCCCAGCGUCUCAGUCGGAUGCCGCAGAGUCAAGUUCCUUCCUAAAAGUGGAUCCCAGAAAGAAACAAAUCACCAUAAUGGAACCCUCGGCCAAUCAGACACCAAGCACUGCCCCCCCAAAAAAGGCAGGAGCCAAUCAGGUCCCUCCAAAAAUGUUCACCUUUGAUGCUGCGUUCCCUCCUGAUGCAUCACAGGCGGAGGUGUGCGCAGGAACAGUUGCUGAGGUGAUUCAGUCAGUGGUGAACGGAGCAGAUGGCUGUGUCUUUUGCUUUGGACACUCCAAGCUAGGUAAAUCCUACACCAUGAUUGGCCGUGAUGACUCUCUCCAGACCCUGGGUAUAAUCCCCUGUGCCAUCUCCUGGUUGUUUAAGCUGAUCAAUGAGAGGAAGGAAAAAACAGGAGCACGCUUCUCUGUUCGCGUCUCUGCAGUUGAGGUUUGGGGAAAAGAGGAGAACCUUAAGGACUUGCUGUCUGAAGUAUCGACAGGCAGCUUACAGGAUGGACAGUCACCUGGAGUCUACCUGUGCGAGGACCCCAUCUGUGGCAUGCAGCUCCAGAACCAGUCUGAACUGCGUGCUCCGACCCCAGAGAAGGCAGCCUGGUUUCUGGAUGCAGCCAUAGCAGCUCGCCACAGUAGUCAACGCACUAACACCACCGAAGAAGAACACAGAAACUCACACAUGCUGUUUACGUUACACAUAUACCAGUAUCGAAUGGAAAAAACAGGCAAAGGAGGGAUGUCAGGGGGUCGCAGUCGCCUCCACCUGCUAGACCUGGGUAGCUGUGAUGUCAAAGUACUUGGAGGAGGAGGAGUAGCAGGGGGCAAAAGCAAAGAGAACUCUUCGCCAAGUUCGGCCCCUCUGUGCCUUUCCCUAUCCGCCCUCGGCAACGUGAUCCUGGCCCUGGUCAACGGGAGCAAGCACAUCCCAUACAAGGACAGCAAGCUGACCAUGUUGCUAAGGGAGUCGCUAGGCAACAUGAACUGCCGGACCACCAUGAUUGCUCACAUCUCUGCCUCACCCAGAGAUUUCUCAGAAACCCUUUCCACCAUCCAGAUUGCUUCCCGCGUCCUCCGCAUGAAAAAGAAGAAAACUAAAGUCACAGUGCAAUACACGUCCAGCUCAUCUGGAGGAGAGAGCUCCUGUGAGGAGGGACGCAUGCGUCGCCCAACCCAUCUGCGACCUUUCCAUCACCGCGGUGGCACUGACUCUGACCUUCCGUUGCUGCGACUGUCCAGUGACCCUGACGAAUAUUCGAGCAGCGAGCAGUCAUGUGACACGGUCAUCUAUGUGGGCCCGAACGGGGCGGCGGUGUCAGAUAGAGAGCUGACGGACAAUGAGGGACCACCAGACUUUGUGCCAAUUAUUCCCACUUUGCUUCGAGGUAAAACUUCAGAACAGCAUCAAACACAAAGUCAAAGUCAGGCAGCUGGAGCCCAGAACAAGGUGCAGUCUCAGCCAGAAGGCCAGCCCAGUGGCCCCUCUCAACCUCUGCCUCAGCCCUGUCAGUCACUGCUUGGGCAGCCCUUGGCCCCUGUCCCAGAGGAAGGAGCCGAGUGCCUGAAGUGCAACACCUUCGCUGAGCUGCAGGAGAGACUGGACUGCAUUGACGGCAGUGAGGAGGUGGCAAAGUUCACCUUUGAAGAGGUUCCAGCGAGCAAACAAGGUGCCAAACAAGAGCCAUGUCUGUCCUCGGCUGUCCCAACCUCAGCUCCCUCUGCUCCUGGCUCUGCUGAUCUGUUGGAUACAGAAAUAAAAACAGGCUCUGCAUGUACUGUAGGAAGUGCAGUGCAGUUAUCCUCUUCAGCAGAAGCAGCAGCAGCCAGGAACAGGACCAAUGACCAGCAGAUGCAGGACAUCAAAGAAGUGGUGGAGGAGGCAGAGCUGGCCCGGACCAUAAUCCACAGCCUGGCACAGACUUCUGGUUCCCCAAUAGUUACUAGUACCAGAAGUGUUACAGGAAGCAGCAGCAUCACAACAAACUCCCUGCACAGGGCUAAGAGCUCCCUGCAUGACAGUGAGAGUCUGAAUGUGGGCAGUAACACUGAGGGGAAGGCACGGCCGUUAGGAUCACCGCGCCUCGGCAUUGCCAGCCUGACCAAAACCUCAGAUUACAGGCCUCCGUCCUCCCCGUCCCAGCGGUGUAAAGUGUACACCCAGAAGGGCGUGAUGCCGGCAACGCCCCCUCUGUCCUCACACACUCUGGCUCAAGACCAGACCACAGAUACUUUGACUUCAGACAACAGUUUGGCUGUAGACAGCGGCCGAUCCUCCACAGGUUCCCUAUUGUCCAGGACCUCCCCAGUGGGCAUGAGCCCGCAAGUCCGAGAGCCAACUCAGUCUCUGUCUGCCAGCCUGGGAUCAGCUGAGACACUGUGUGACGAUGACGUCCCCCCAAUACCCCUGGACACGCACAGGGAUGCCUCAGGACCAGCAGUAUCCGUAGGAACAGUUGGAUCCCUCUCACUUGGGGAGGAUGAACUAGUGUACACUGUGGCUUCUGGAGGCGAUGAGGACCUUGAUGUGACAGCUCUAAUGGACACUCAGGGUCUUACCUGUCAUCCUACGAGCAUCAUUAGCUUUAAAAGCGACUGUUACUCCAUCUCUGCCUUUGCCUUGGGCUCUCAAUCCGUCUGCGGUACUGCUGAGGAUGGAGCUGUGGAGGAUUAUCACAUGCUUGCAGGUCCUGCAACAACCUCAGGGGUUACAGAUGUUGUUGCCAUGGCAGAGGUGGCCAUGGCUAAGCUGCGGAUAGAAGGUGAAGCCUUAGCCACAAUGUCUAACUGUGGUUCACCCAUCUCCUCCUGGAUGAGUGAUCUGAGCAUGGGCAGUGAAGCUGACCAGUCUCUCCACAGCUUCAGUCAGUCCCUGAGCCAGCAAGGGGAGGCCCUGGCUGAACCUGAACCCAACCACAGCCUUUUGUUUGGAGUGGAGGGACUGGGUGGUUGUGAAAGCUGUGGCAGCCCGAGAAGAGGGAGUCUGGAAGGACAGGUGGUGCUGUCAGAAAACGGGAGUGAUAAGGCAACUCCAACAAAAGACAGGCUGAGGAAACUGCCUCCAUCCAUGGCUAAAACUAACAUCCAAAUUCUCAAAGGACCUAGUAACCUCUCCCCCUUCAAGACCACCAUCAGUGUGCACCCAUGUGUGACUGUCAAACCCAUGGUUAUACAGGAACCAACGUUUUUCUCUUCGCCUACCAAGAGCAGCUUAAUGAAAGACCCAGGCAAAUUUAAUGCACCACUUUUAGCUUCUAUUUCAAGUGAGAUGAGCUUUGAAGACCCCUGGUUGAAGCGUGGCAUGGAGGAGGAAAGGUCCAGGGAGCUUGUAUGUGAAGUAAAGUCAGAGAAGAGGGACGUUGAGCAUUCAAAUAGUCAGACUGGAGCUGGGACCGGAGACCACAGGAGCUUCUGCAAGGACGGUGGGGAUCAUGGCAGCUCUAGUUCAGGUGGUGAGGUUGUGUCGUCUCCAGAUUCCUUUAAAAGAGUGGUGGAUGGCUGUGAGAUGGUUGCUGUUGUUGCCCAUGGAGAAAGUCUGACUAGUAUCUACAGCCCAGAUAUCCACCGUACUGCCAGUCUUCCCCGCGGCUGGCAUCGUCUCAACCGCCACGACGGCUUGGACAAUGGAAACGAGUACCGUAAUCUUGGCGUCACCAGUUCAACUCCCUGCAGUCCCCGCGCCACACUUGACCGCAGAGGAUCAACUGGAAAACAGGGCUUUUUCUCCCACAAGAAGGGGGGAAUCCCACCUCUGCCGCCGGUACGGAAGUCAAGCCUCGACCAGCGGAACAGGGCAGCCAGCCCUCUCCACCAACCCAGCCAUGGAGUCUCAUUACUGGGCAGCUCAAUAGAUGAUGCAGGGCUCAUCAGACAACGAGGCUCAAGCAUAGACAGUAGCAGACUUUUCAGCGCCAAGUUGGAACAGCUUGCAAACAGAACCAACUCUCUGGGUCGAGCCCACAGCUCCCACAGUGGUUCACACCACUAUGACUGCUUCUCUCUGGAGAGAGGGGGGAGCCUGAGAGGAGGAGGAGGAGAGGAGGAGGAGGAGGAGGAGGAGGGAGUGAAGGGGGACAGCACCAUGCCUCGUACUGGGCGCAGCCUCACCCGUACUGGACCAGUGUCUUCUCCUACUGGAAACACCAGCGGCUUCACUUUCAGUGCCAGUCCUGGUCCAAGUUGCGCUCCACAGUCACCAGCCAAAGUCAACGGCCAGUCAAAGAUCUCAGCAGUCAGUAAGCUGCUGAUGACCAGCAGUCCUAAGGCCAGGAGUCUGUCUGCAUCCAGCACAAAGACUCUCAGCUUCUCCACCAAGUCUUUAAGCCAAGCGUCCAGCCGCAGCUCCAGCCUUCCUCCUAAUGGAAAGCCCCAGAGCUCAGUCCAGAGCCCUCUGCAGCAGCAGGGACCUUCCCCUGGAUCCUGGUCUACACAGUCUUUGAGCCGCAGUCGAGGGGGAAGCCUGGCUGCCAAGCUGCCUCUCCGGGCUGUCAACGGUCGAAUCUCAGAGCUCCUCCAGGGAAGUGCAGGCUCUCGUUCCAGGAGUCAUGCUCAGGGAAGUGGCUCAGAUCCAGCAGAGGAAAGAGGAGUUGGAGUGGCAAGUGGAGGGGGAGCUGGAGCUGGAGCAGGAAGUGGUGGUGUUGGUGGAGGUGUCCUGGGAGAGGAGAAGGCAGCAGUGGUCCAAACACUCCCCUCCCCUUACAGCAAAAUCACAGCUCCCAGAAAACCACAUCGCUGCAGCAGUGGCCAUGCUAGUGACAACAGCAGCGUACUGAGUGGUGAGCUCCCCCCGGCCAUGGGGAAGACAGCCUUGUUUUACCACAGUGGAGGCAGCAGCGGCUAUGAAAGCAUGCUGAGAGACAGCAGCGAGAACACAGGAAGCACCUCCUCCGCUCAGGACUCUCUUAGUGAGCACAGCUCAGCCACCACCUCCUCCAGACGGAGCUCCAAGAGCAGCAAGAAGAGCAGGAGCAACACAGGCCUCCAGCGUCGUCGUCUGAUCCCAGCACUGACCUUGGACUCUUCCUCCUCCUCACCUUCUCACCGCUCCUCCAAACAGACUGUCACUUCCUCUUCUUCCUCCUCCUCCAGCCCAGGUGCAUGCUGGGUAGAUGGCCCACUGGGGCCCCCAACUCCCUCAAACCUCCGGGGCACGACGGCAACUACAGAAACCUUCGAGAUCAAGGUGUACGAGAUAGAUGACGUUGAGCGACUGCAGAAGAGGAGAGACAAAGGAGGGAGUAAGGAGGUGGUGUAUGUCAGUGCCAAGCUCCGUCUGUUGGAACACCGUCAGCAGAGAAUCAGUGAAGUCAGAGCCAAGUACCAGGGUCUGAAGAAGGAGCUGGAACAAACCAAACAGCACCUGAUGCUGGAGGCGCACAAAUGGACCACCGAGUUUGAGCUACAGCAGGCCUACGAAGUCGACUCACUGGAGUAUUUGGAAGCUCUGGAGAUCGUGACGAACAAACUGGAGACCAGAGUCAACUUUUGCAAAGCCCACCUCAUGAUGAUCACCUGCUUCGACGUGUCCUCAAGACAUCGGUAGACAGAUGGAGGGAUGGAGAGCUGGAGGACGGAGAGGCAGAUACACAGCUACAGUCAAUUAGAGGUUGAUAUUUGGACCCUUUACCCUUUAAUAAUACAAAUCUAAACCCAUAAAAAAACUCCUAAAGAAGUACAUCUUAUUGGAUGACUGGAAAGUUGGAAGGAAGGAUACAGGAAUGGACCCACCACUCGAUCCAGCAUGUUAUCCUUACGUCUCCUCCUGAUGUAAGUAGGCAGAAGGACAGACGGACGGAGAGAUGGAGGGAUAAAAGGAAUCGAGAUAUAUAGAGAUAUUUAACAGGCCAACAGACAGAUGAGUCCCAGUAUUUUUUUCUUUGGGCUUGACAACAACCUCAAAAACAUUGAACAGCAUCAAAUGAGCGGGCCACUUUGCAGAUAAAUAUAGCAGCCCCAAGAGGCAGAGCGACGGUUCAGAGUCUAAAAAGAAACAAGAGACCAUGGUUUUUCAGAACAAUUACACUGCUUAGACACCUCUUAAAGUCGAACAUUUAAGGAAUGUAUGGAGAGAAAAGGAGUGGAGAGAGGAACAAAAACUGCCAUUUUUUAAACAAAGAAGAAUAAAAAAGAGGUGCAGGAGAGGAGAAGAACAACUUCUCAUCUUCUAUCAUUUUAGAAGAGCAUUUUUUAGAGUUCAAUUGUGAGCCAUUGGCUGUAAAUAGUGUGCUGACUACAGCAUGGCCUGGUGUUGUGCAGUUAAUAAAAGAGACUGACCAAGAGAAAGACAGAAGGACAAAGAAAAAUGAUUUAGAUAAGUGCCUUGUGAACAUAUCAUUUCAAAUACCAAGACCAAUUCUCUUUCUCUCUGAAUUUGUGUACAUGCAGUAUGUUUGGUGCUACCAUAUAAAAAAGACCACAAAAGAUCAGUGUUUUUAGAAACUCUUUGAAUUUAUAGCCAUUUUUUGGAAUGUGAUGUUUAACUGUGGGUCAAUGUUUCACUAUAUCAUAAACAAGCCAAUACUGUAUGUUUGAAUGGUCUUUGGCACACUGAUGAGAGAUGAGACUAAAUUUAAACUAACAGUUAAACAUGACCUACAGAACAUGGAGACUUACACCAAGUCCACCUCUAAAACAACAGCAUGUUGCAAGGACCAAAAACUAUUAGAAAGAUGUACAUUACUUUUCCAGGACACAGAGUUAUGUGUAUUUAAACCAAGAAAUACAACGCUGGUUUAUUGUGCAGUUGUAUUUAACUUGACCCACAAAUAGAGCACAUCUGAGUUUUGACCUUCUGGGGACCGUAUGUUUCCCCUGAUACAGGUGAUUGCUUUUUCAUGUUCACAAAGCAAUGAAACGUCUGAGUCACACAGGAGUGGAAAUGAAAAUGUUUUUUCUCUGAUCCUUGUUAAGUAAAUUGAUCGAUUGACUUGACUGUCUGUUAUUUGUAUCUGUGUUGUUCUGCUCUAUUCUAAAAGAAACUGAAUGAUUUGUCAAUGUGUGUUUUAUAUUAAGGUAUCCUUUUUAUUUGAGUACAAUGGGGCCAUGUAGAGACUACGCUAGUAAGAGAGAGGAAAUAGAUUAUAUAGAUAUUUAACAGAUAUUCAACAGUAAAUUGUGAGGAAGACAGGCAUGGGAUAAGUCCAUUGAUACAGUGUUAAAAUGUCCUAUUUUUAAGGCCUGUAUUAUUGAAAGUAUUAAAUUUAAACUGGAAAUACUAUGUAUGUGGGACUACAAUUAUGGUUGUGGGCUAUUUAAAUAGUUCCAGUAUUGUCUUUUAUGAAAAUGACAGACAUUAUAAAGGAACAAUUAAAAAAUUAUAGAUAUAUAAAGGAAUGAUAUAGGACUAAGGAAAAGAAAAGGAUGAUGACCAAAUUAAGAGGCAUAGAUCUCUGCCUGGUUCCAUUUGUUUUUGGAGAAAUAGCAACAGGAUUUGUUAAUAUUAUCAUCUAUGGUGCUUGAGAUGUUUAUGAUCUAAAUGUUUGUACAAAUAUAAAUAUAUGAAAGAGCCCGUUUCCCUCUGAAAUACAGAACAAUACCUUUCCACUGCUUCUUCUCCAUCGCUGUCAUCACGUAUGUUGUUCAUCACCCCUCUCCCUCUGAAUGGCUCUAGCCCAGCAAGCAGAGAGCAUUCUGGGAGGUCCUGUUUGUUGUCUGAGAGGUAAAACGAGGAAUAGACACCUGACUGUAACAUUGGUAUGAUUUGUCAAAAGCAUUGUAGUGCUAAAUUUACUUUAAUUAUCCUAAUAGAACAGAAUCACAUAAACAGUUAAUGAUUUUAAAUGUGUUGAUGAUCUCAUGGCUGUAAAGAGGUACCACUGUACUAGUCAUUUAUGGCGUUGUGGUGUACACCUGCAGAGACAGCCACAACUUAAUCUAGUGGGAAAUUACCUUAGAAACUGAGCUGCUUUUGACAGACUGGACCUAAGAAGCCUUUUCCCACAGGAGGUGGGCAAACUAGCCCUGUGAAUCCUCCUUAUGCUUCAUGUUUUUAUCUCCCAGUUUACCGUGCCUGUCAUGAAUGACGGUUUAUUUAUUUGCGCUACAAGCAGUCGCUUAUUAAUGUUCUUAUUUAUUUUUUACACCUUAUGAUCUUAAAAGUUACUAUGCAUUUAAGAAAAAAAUAACUGUAAAUACUUGCCCAUGUCAUAUAUAAAUAUAUAUACUGUACACAUUUCAUAAAUACACUCAUCUUUAUUUUAUAUAUACAGUAUGUUCUGUUGAUUUCCUUUGCUCCUGUUGUUCCUAUUGGAGAUUUGAGUGGGUUUCCUAAAAUAUUCACAUCCAGGGUAGCUAUGUAGUUAUAGACACGAACUUAAAAAUGAUUUUACUUUUCUUCUCUUUUUUUAUACACGUGAUGAAGAAAACUGUUGUUUUAAGUGAAAUGCCAGUUUAUUCUACAUUAUUAAAGGCCUUGUGCAAUUAGCAGUGGAUGUUUCGGGAACCCCAACCUCUGGAUGAGCUAAUUUGCCUGUACUUGUUCCCAGAUUUACAGAUUUAAGAUGCUAUGUGUGAGUUUUCGUGUCACUGCCAAAAUCUACUGUGGUACCGCUUAAUUCAAGCAAUUAUUGCGACAAACAAGCCUAAGGUUUUGGUGGCUCCACAUUGUUUUAUAGCUAACAUAACAACCUUUCACAAAUACGGGUUUCUGUUUCAUCAGAGGCAACCGUGCUAAAGGGACGCACUCUUUGUCAGGUGCUUUAAAUAAUGUGAUUCACAAAAGGUUUUAUCAGGUUGUAGGGCAAAAAAUGUAUGUAUGUGCUUGUCAUGUGUUUGCUGGAGCAUUCGAAAAUUAGAAUGUGUUUUCUGGAAACCUGACACAUAGCAUCUUUAAGUUUUUAAGCAGUAUUGUGUGUUAAAGUCUGGGUCAGACCACAUUUUACAGCAACAGAUUAUAUCAGUAGCAGUAAGACAAUUUUAGAUUAGACCAGUUCUGAGACAUUAAAAAGUAUCUUCAUAACUGAUUAAAAGAAAUGUUUGUCAGUUAAACGUAUCAAUUUGUUAAGUAUAAAAACAAGUUAUUUCCUAUGAGAAUUACCCAGCAUUACCACACAUGAUCAGUGCAAACCGGGGAAUGUAAAGUGUCUUCUAAAGAUUUACUGUUUCUGAGAAAUGUGGUCUGACACAUUGUGUUGAUGGAAGAGCAAGAUGGAGGGAUGUAAAUAAAGAAAUGUAUUGAAAGAG